AGCUGACAGGGUUGCCACACCGUUAAGAGGGUUGCUUCUCUUUGUAAACAAUAAACGAACAAAAAUAUUUACAAAAUUACACAAAUAAAACCAAAUUAAAAACCAGCAAAAGACGACAAUUAAAAGAAUUUAUUAUGCAUGCUGUUGUUUGUUCUGUUCAGACGGAUUAAAAAAUAUGCGGUUAUACACAUGUCGGUUGCAUCCCUAAUCAUAAAUAAAUCAAUAGCGGCGUGAUUUGUUUACAAAAAUGUUUAACUAAAUUUUUGUGAAGCCAAACAGAAUGUUUACAGUUAAUUUUAAAUUAAGUGCAAUAUGUCAGUUGUUACUGCUAUUGCUGCUGCUAAAAAGCAAAGUGCUGCCGGCGUCCGCAUCCAAUGGGGAUCGCACACAAUUCUUUCACAAUUGUCGUCAGAACUGCGAACGAACAAAUUGUUCAGCCGAUGGCUUAGAGAUACAGGAACAGGCUAUUAGCUUCUAUGGUCAAACCAUUUUUGAUCGCCUCUUUGGCUGGAGCUGCGCGGAUGAAUGCUCCUAUGGUUGCAUGUGGCGCACAGUUUUUGCAUUUAUGGAGCGAGGCUGGCCUAUACCUCAGUUCUAUGGCAAAUGGCCAUUUCUACGGCUGUUGGGAAUGCAGGAGCCGGCAUCAGUUAUAUUUUCGGUAUUAAAUUUUAUUAUGCAUUAUCGUAUGUUACGCAAAUUUCGUUGGAUAGUGCGCCCAGACAGUCCCUGCUUUAUGCUUGCCCACAUCUUUGCUUUGGUAUGUCUUAAUGGGUGGAUUUGGUCAGCUAUAUUUCAUACAAGGGAUUUUCCCAUAACUGAGCUGUUGGACUAUGCAUUUGCAUACUCCAUUGUGCUCUGUUCCCUUUACUGCAUGCUAAUGCGCAUGCUGCAUCGAUACUCUCUCUUUUUAAGAGGCGUCAUUACCUUGGCUUGUGUCUCGUACUACAUCAACUACUUUGCAUAUCUGAGCACGGGCAAAUUCAAUUACUCUUUUAAUAUGAAGGUAAACAUAGCGACUGGUGUGCUAAAUGCAGUGGGCUGGUUUAUAUGGUGCCAACGUGUGCGCAAUCGGAGGCCCUACUUCAAGCGCAUUUUACGAUUUUACGUGUUGUUCGCUAUGGCCAUGAGCCUUGAAUUAUUGGAUUUUCCUCCUAUUUUAUGGAUACUCGAUGCACAUUCGCUGUGGCACUUGGCUACAGUGCCUAUAGUCCCAUUAUACUACGACUUUCUCAUUGAGGAUUGUCAGACUCUGCUUAAGGAGAAGGAAAUGCAACCAUCCUAUCCCCACUAUAACAAGGAUAUUUAGACAAUUAUAUAUAUUAUAUAUAUAUAAAUGACAGAUGUGUGGCCGUUAUAGUCGCUUUGCACUGUAUUGUAAAUG